GUUGUCCACGACGGAAGGAGCCAUGUUGAGCUGCAGAGACGCUGUUUAACGGUACAGUAGGUGUCCGGAGCUACACUAUAGUCAUAGCAAACAUGUCGGCGGACGACUUCCAGAGCAAGUACUCCUCCGUCAUGGAGAGCAUGCUGAAGGGGGCCAUCGCAGAGACCACAAAACUUUUCGAAACUAUGGUCGACGAGCUGAAGGCGGAGAUCUCUCGAGUGAAGAAGGAGAACGAGGACCUGAAGAUACGAUGCAGUCAGUUUGAGAAGGAGAGAAACCAGCCUGCUGCUCCUCCAGGGCCCAGAGACGGCUCAGAGAAACGCGACCGGGCGGUCCAGUGCGACCUUGUGCCUCUCCGUACAAUUCUGGUGGAGCAAUGUCAACCACUGAGGCACUCAUCUUUGCAAAACCAAGAGCAACAAUGCAGUUAUGAGCAGACGGAGAGCAGUUUGCAGGACCACACCUAUGGAGAGGGAACUAGUCAAAUGGCCUUCAUACUUAUCAAACAGGAGGACUCUUAUGAUGAUUCUUCUCGGCAGUCUGUCCUGAAGCAAGAGAUAGCAGAACCGACCGUUUUCUGUGGGCUAGUCUUGAGUGAUCAAGCAGGUUCACCACAGACCUCUGCUUGUGCAACUGAAAAUGAAGGGCCUCUCAAUAUCCAGAAAUAUUCAACUGGAGAAAUACCAUUGCCUAAAAACUAUGAAGACACUCGAAUGACUUUGGAGCGACCCUAUUUGGUAAUGGAUAGCGCUAUACAAGGAGUCCAGAACCAAUCGUCUGAAUUGGAGCAUUCACUAGUCUUCUCACUGGCUGCAAUAAAGGAACACAUGGAAGAAGAGUCUGAAGUCAGUCAGGGGGGAGAACUCAUAACAUCUGAAAAACACCCAUUUGUGGUUGCUCAGCAUCAAUCAGAGGUUGAACCCCUUGAAAGAGAGCAACCAUCGGCGAAACCCCAACAAUGUCAGAGAGAGUGCGAAGUGUCAGUAUGUGAACAGGCUAAUGUUUCUCAGCAACAUUAUGUAAAUGGGAAAUCUACCGAACAACGGCUUGCACAGCCUACACCACUCAAGAAAGGAGAAACAUGUGAACAAUUAAAAAGUUUCACAAAAAGUGGGGCUCGUCCCCAGCCUGAGUUGUCAGUACAACGUAGAAGAGGACGGCCACCAAAGAAAUCUAGACGAAAAAACAUCUGA